AUGCAACAGAUGCAGCGUCCUUUCGGCUCCAUCGGACCUCCGGCCUUUGACCUGAGGCAUACGCGGUCAGGGAUUCUGAUAAAAGAGCCCUCCCCCAUUGGGGUUGACAGGGCAUGGAGGUGGUGCAUCAAGAGGCAGUUGCUGUGCACAAAAAAGCACGUUCGUCACCCAGAAGCUCUGGGGAAGAUGGCUGACAGGAGGAUGAGUGGGAGCCGACCAGAAGGUAAAGAAGAAGAGCGCUCCUCGCUGGAGAAGAAGUGGUUGGCCAUGGAGUUCAAGUUGGAGAAGAAGCAUCAGAAGUGGGUUAAGAAGAAUAGUGUGGGAAAUUACUUUCGCAAGAAAAAUGCAACCCCCUGCACUCCCCAGGAGGCUGCCAUACUUACUGAGAGCGUCGUAGCAAUGAUUGUUAAAGACAUGAGGCCGAUUGCUGUGUCAUCAUCAUCAUCAAUUUCUUCACCGCCUGAUGAAUCUUCCGAAUCCCCUCCCGAAACAUGGAGAGGACGAGGGGGCCGAGGUGGGCGCGUGGCGGAGGACGAGGUGGACGCGGGGGAGGAUGAGGUGGACGCGGGGGAGGACGAGGUGGACGCGGGGGAGGACGAGGUGGACGCGGUGGAAGCGGAGGACAACGAGGGAGAGGCGGGGGGAGCGGGAUGGAGAGAGGACGAGGAGGAAGAAGAAGCAGCAGCAGACCAUCUACAGCUGACUAUGAAAGGCUCGAGGAUCUUCAACAGAGGAGGAGAGCUGAUAUGCAGGCCAGACUACAAUCACUUGAAGCAAACCAAAGAGAUGCCCUGCUCCAAUUAG